AUGCCCGACCUGAUCCUGGCCUCGUCUUACAUCACGCAGGCUCAUCCCAUGCGGCCCCACCCCGCCGAGGUGGAUGCGGGCGGCCUCGCGGCGACGACGAUCACGGUCGAAGAUGCCAGCGGCGACGGCGACGGUUGCGACGACGGCGUCGACGGCCUUUUCCAGAGGAGCACGCAAUUCUUGCGGGUACGGGGUGGCCUCCGGAGGUCCCGGGCGGGCCUCUGCCUCGUGGAGGCCCCCGCCCAUACCAGCAUUGGUGCCGAGACGAUCUUUGCCUGGGUCGAGCGUGCUUUCGAGGGCGGCGUCUUCACGGACGGGGGCGAACGCGCCUCGCAGGGCGGCCCGAUUCGAAACGGGCCAGCCCGCGAGGUGCCGUCAGUGGAGCUGGGAGCGCACCCGCCGGGUCUGCGCGGUCCACAGCUCGCUGUCACCGAGCUCGCCCGCUGGGUCUGCGCACCCGCUGGGUCUGCGCGGUCUGCCAGGCCCGCAGCGCCCUGCCCGGGCCACGACUCUGCCAUCACCGAGCUCGGCCGCAGUCCGCGCAGGCAGAUCAUCCACUUGUCCAACAAAAUCAUGGGAACCCGUCUUCAUAUAUGCAGCACCUGCGGGGCAGACUCGGAAUCCGGGAACCUCAGGAAGCUCAAGGAUGAGCGCACGCUCGGUUUCACCUCCAACGGGGCGAAAUGUUCUUGGUACAGGCUCUCGAAGGGCCAGCACCCUGAUCUCAAGAAAGGGCCGGCGAAGCGCUUGGUCCGGUGCCUUCAGCGCCUGGCCAUGCACCCCGUGGCCCGGCGCACCGCGGCCUCGACGGGCCCGCAGGGACACUACUUCCAGUCUUCGGUGCCUCUGCUGCUGAUGAGCAUAGGCGAGCAGUUCACCACCAGCAUCUCCGUGCUGUCCAUGCUGCUUCCCGUCAUCAACAGGACCGAUGGUCUGGCUCUGCGCGGACUUCUGGCGCCGCCCCUGCGAAGGCAGCGCCGCGACGGACGGCCGCCAACCGCUGGGUGCCCUGCAGGUGGAGCCCUGAUCAGCAGCGUCUACUUGCGGGCCCUGGGGAGAGCCAUGGAGCCGCUGCGCGCGAAGGA